AUGGCUGAGAAGGUCGAGGUCGCUAACGAGGGCAUCUCGCCCGCCGACCCGGAGAAGGCACCUCACCAUGUAGGAGAGGAGGAGAACUGGGGCGACCAGAUCCCCCAUGAAAUGCUCGAGACGCUGGCGCCAAACGGCGAGGCCGAGUACAUCCUCGACAAGAUCAACAACAUGAGCGAGGAGGAGGCGAUCGAGAUCGUCACCGAGAGCGUGCGCUUCCACUCGGAUGACUGGAACUUCCCCACCGACAUGAGAGAGCGUAUGGUCCGCCUGCUGCAGGGCAGGAAACUCUACGGCGAGUUCUACGACCGCGACCUCAGGAUCGACGCCACCAUGAUGCGCUGGUCAUCCCCUUACCCGGGGGUCCGCGCGGUGCAGGAGCUCGAGAUGAACGACCACAUCCCAAUCGAGACGUUCCGGGCUUAUUUCCUCGGCAUAGGAUGGGCUGUUAUCGGCACGUUCAUGUCAACUUUCUUCAACUCGAGAUUUCCCGCCAUCACCCUUGGCGGUGCUGUUAUUCAGAUCCUCCUAUUCCCGUGUGCAAAGGUGCUCGAGUAUGCCCUGCCUGAUUGGGGUAUCACGGUGUUUGGGACCCGCCACUCCCUCAACCCAGGGCCGUGGACGUUCAAGGAGCAGACGAUUUAUACCACCAACAGCUAUUCCAUGAUCCUAGUCCAGAAGAUGCCGAUGUUCUACAACGAGAAGUUUGUGCACUUCGGCUACCAGUUCAUGCUCACAAUCUUUGUCCAGACGAUGGGAAUGGGUCUCGCUGGGUACCUUCGCCGGUUUAGUGUCUAUCCUGUCAAAGCGUUGUGGCCAACCGUCUUGCCCACAAUUGCGAUGAAUAGGGCACUUACAAGUACGGAGCCCAGGGACACGAUAAUGGCGUUUGGCAAAAGUUGGACGGCAUCGCGGUACAAAUUCUUUUAUAUUUGCACCAUAUCGAUGUUUUUCUACUACUGGCUCCCGGGCUAUCUCUUUACGGCGCUUAGCACCUUCAACUGGAUGACCUGGAUCGCGCCGCAAAGCCUCACGCUGGCCAUCCUGACGGGGUCGAGUCUCGGGCUGGGGCUGCUGAACCCCAUAACCACCUUCGACUGGAACGUCGCGACCUCCUCCUAUGCUGCGCUCGCCCAGCCCUUCUUUGCCACAUGUACAAUGUACAUCAGCGCUAUCCUGGGCGGCUUCAUCAUUCUCGGGAUCUAUUACACGAACAUGUACAAUACCGCUUACCUGCCUAUCAACUCGUCCUCGGCCUUCACCAACAACGGCACCGCGUACAAGGUCCAGGAGGUCAUUACCAACAAUAGGCUAGACCCGGAGAAGUACCAGAAUUACUCGCCUCCUUUUUAUACCGCAGGCUAUAUCCUCACCGUCGGCGCAAACUUUGCCUUCUAUCCGGUCUACUUCCUCUACAUUACGUUCAACCAGUGGAAGACCGUGUCCAACGCAUACAAAGACUUUUGGGCUGGGAUACGUCACGGCAAGGGCAAUUACGAGGGUGCUAUGGAUGUCCACAGCCGGUUGAUGGGUCGUUACCCCGAGGUCCCCGACUGGUGGUUCUUGCUAAUCCUAGUGCUGGCGAUUGUACUGUCUGUCAUUUUCCUCGAGAUCUAUGACCUCGCCACCCCCGUGUGGCUCACGUUCCUCGUCAUCGGAAUCAACUUGGUCUUUGCCGUGCCUCUGUCCUUCCUCUCCGCAACCACGGGCACGAACCUCGGCCUCGGCUCGCUGAUCCAGGUCAUCACGGGGUUCUUGCUGCCGGGCAACUACAACGCCUACCUGUAUGCGCAGACGCUUGGUUCAUGGGCCUUGGCGGGAUAUUCGGACAACUAUGUGCAGGACCAGAAGAUGGCCCACUACUGCAAGAUCCCCCCGCGCGCCGUGUUCCGCAGCCAGAUCGGCACCAUCAUCAUCACCUGCUUCGUGGCGGUGGGCACGCAGGACUUCAUCAUGAACCACGUGCAGGGGCUGUGCACGCCCAACCAGCCGCAAAAGUUCACGUGCGCCGCCGACGGCGCCCCGAUGUACGCAAACAGCCUCAUGUGGGGCGUGCUGGGCUCCAACAUCAUGUUCAACUCCAUGUACCCGCUCUUCAAGUGGUGCUUCCUCAUCGGCUUCGCCAUCUCGGUCGCCUUCCUCGUCCCGCAGUACUACGGCCCCAUCUACCUGCCCGGCGUCAAGGAGCGGCUCAGGCAGAGGCUGGCGCCCAGGACUUUCGAGCUGCUCGACCGCUCCCUGUUCCCCUUCGUCGCGUCGCUGCUGUGGCUGAACCCCAUCCUUAUCAUCCAGGGCAUCCAGCACUGGGCGCCGUCUAACCUGUCGUACAAGACCCCCGGCAUGAUCCUGUCCUUCAUUUUCAUGUACUGGCUCCCUAGGCGUCACCUGGCGUGGUGGGAAAAGUACAACUAUGUCCUGUCGGCUGCGCUGACGGCCGGUGUCGCCAUCAGCGCCUUGGUCAUGUUUUUCGCCGUCUCCUACCGCCCCGUCAGCCUCAAGUGGUGGGGAAACACUGUCAGCUCGGCGGGGAUGGAUGGCAGCAGCGUUGGGAUACUGCCCAUCCCAGAGCGGGGGUACUUUGGCCCGGAGAAGGGGCACUUCCCAUCUUGA